AUGCAAGUCCUGCAAAAGGAGCUCUGCCAUCGUCCAGAAUGGCGUCGAUCUCCGACCAUCCCUUCAACUGCGAUCUCACCCGAUCCCUUCGAUCCAAGUGCCAAUAACGUGCCCCUCGAUGCUGCCAUGACAUUAGGAGGAUUACCACCACUACGUGAUGAAAAUAGCGAGAGCAAUUGUGCCCUCACUAGUGCAAGUGGCAACGAAAUUGUCACGGCUUUUGCCAGUCUCGACGCCGAAGUUGAAGAGAGUCGCGUCACGUCGGAUGCUGCACGCUCGUCGGACUUCCAAUGUCGAUAUCGUCGGGGCAAGUGCUCCCGUCCACGGACGCUCAAGAAGAACGGAUCCAUGCAUACUUAUUGUGAGUACCAUCGCCAGCGCUCGGUACGCAAUCAGCGGGUCUUCGACCAUAAAAGACGCCACCAGCGACAAACCACAGGUGAGAGACAAGAAGAGGGACACGGUCCCGAGUCUCGGGACUGA